AAACUAAUUUCCGUCAGAUUCAGUCAGCCGUGACUCGACAGGACUUUGCUAUUUCAAUCUGAUUUACCUUUGAAUGUCUCAGGCGUGAGGAGAGGUCCGGCUUCAGGAGCAGAGCACGAGGAGAUGAAUGGGGGGACAGCAGAACCACGAGGAGAGGAUGAUGAUGAGGAGGAGGAGCCUCCUGCUGAAGACACCAAGACCACCAAAAAGAGACGCCCUCCCCCCAAACUCGUGCACAAAUGUUUGGUAUGCAGCCGCAUGUUCUGCCGGCCCUCUCGGCUGGCGGAUCACAUGACCAUGCACACCGGGGAGAAACCGCACGGCUGCUCCGUGUGCGGGAGGAGUUUCGCCAAUAAGACCAGCCUCGCUCAUCACAAGCGCGUUCACACCGGGGAGAAGCCGUACUCCUGCGAUGAAUGCGACGCCUGCUUCCGCUUGUACGGCUGCCUGGCGCGCCACCGGAUGCAGCACAGCGGGGAGCGCCCGCACCGCUGCUCCACCUGCGGCCACGGCUUCUUCCGCCGCCGGUACCUCCUGGAGCACGAGCGCACGCACACCGGAGAGAGGCCUUUCUGCUGCACGCUCUGCCCCAAGACCUACCCUUCCCGGGCGUCGCUCAAAGAGCACCAGUGGCAACACAGAGAGGGCAGCAGCUGCUCCGUCUGCGGGAAGGACUUCCCCACAGCCGGCGCCCUCCGCAAGCACCUGAGGGUGCACGCCACCAAUUACACUAAAACACACCAAUGCACGCUCUGCAGCCGCAGCUUCAGCAGACCCUGCCUGCUGAGGAAACACCUGCUGACUCACGACCUUCAGACUCACGACCUUCAGACUCACGACCUUCAGACACACGACCUUCAGACAUCACAGACCUGCAGACACAUGACCGUCAGACUCACGACCUGCAGACACACGACCUUCAGACACACGACCUUCAGACACACGACCUGCAGACACAUGACCUUCAGGAGGCAGAGGUCAUCCCAGCUGCAGCCAGCAACGUGAGUCACAGCUUUAAA